UGCUGUAGGAAGUUUUCAGUGAACCGAUUGUUUGAGAAAGUUUAUUGCGUUUUGUGAAAUGACGUUUUCAAGUGACUAGACAUGCCAAGUUGGAGGCCUGAUUGCUUCAGAGGGUCUGUUUAUGAACCAUAUCCUAUCAAGCUACGUCCAGCUGAAGAUGUUGUCACAGGAAGACAGGACAUAGAUGAAGACCGACGGGGUAUAGCUGUGGUUGAGCUUCACAAGAAGGAAGGAUGUGGACUUGGACUCAUCAUAUCUGGAGGUACAGACAAACAGAUUCGACCACAGAUAACCAAUCUGAGACCAGGCAGCAUAGCCCACCGAUCGGACUCGCUGACUGUGGGUGAUUACAUUCUAUCUGUGAACGGGAUAAGGACAGCCAGUCUAAAACAUGAUGAAAUUAUUAACCUGUUGAAAAACGCUGGAGAGAGGAUAAUACUAGAAGUGGAAUAUGAAAUCCCCGAGACUGCCCAGACGUCGUUCUCCGUCCAGAGCAAGUGUCACGACCUGUCGCUGGACAAGGACAGUACAGGGUUUGGUUUCAUCAUCCGAGGGGGGAUGGACGUCGAUCGUAUGAGAGCUCACCCACACACAGUCACAGCAAUCAGGCCUGGCGGGGCCGCAGAUAGAGAAGGCUCGAUAAAGGAAGGAGACAGAAUCCUGGCUGUGAACAACUACAAAGUCUGCCACCUCAGUCUGUCAGAGACGAUGUCGCUGCUGCAGCAGUGUGAGAGUGAGACUGUGUUCACUGUGGAGUACGACGUGUCGGUCAUGGACUCUGUUCAGAAUGCAUCUGGUCCAUUGUUGAUUGAGAUUGACAAGAUACCAGGAUCUGCUCUGGGCAUUGCCCUCUCUCAGAGCUCACACGAGGGCCGGAGCUGUGUGUGUGUGGAUGUCAUACGACCCAUGAGUAUCGCUGACAGGAGUGGCGCUCUUCACGUCGGAGACCACAUUCUGUCAAUAGAUGGUGCCAGUGUGGAGCACAUGUCUGUGGUAGAGGCAAGCCAGCUGCUCAAGUCGGGGCCCGAGGAUCACAUCAAGUUGGAGAUUCUCCCCGUCACGCAUCUUGAGUACAAGGCUUCUCGCGAGAAACUCGGACGACCAUGCACCUCGCUUGUCCCUGCUCUUUCAUCUCCAACUAUUUCGUCCUCGAUCCACAAUGGGUUUGGUACUUUGCCAAUCCGCAGCAGCAACACGAUGACUGUGUCAACAUCGUCAACAUUUGGCACUCUGCCAGGGCGCAGGGUUGCUAAACUUCAGAAAGCUUGGACUCGUUCGGACAGAAAAAUAUCUUCUUGCAUGUCGAUUGCCUCGACAACGACCUCUGUCCUGACGACCAACAACCAGGUGUGUCACACGGAGACGACCGAGGUGAUUCUUUUCUGUGACAAGAAGGGGCUGGGAAUCACACUGGAUGGGGGGGUGUUCUCCACAACCCCCCUUACGGAGCCUCCUAUCAUCGCCAUGGUGGAACCCAUGGGGCCAGCAGAUAAGUGUGGUGUGGUACAAGAAGGCGACCGUAUUCUGACAAUCAACGGUGUGGAUCUGGAGGAUAAAACUCUGGAGGAAGUUAACCAGCUUCUGAGAGACUCACGCCCUCGCUGUAUGAUGGAGAUCGAGUUCGAUGUGGCCGAAUCAGUAACACCAAGCUCUGGAACCUACGUUGUGAGAAUACCCAAGAAAAAUGGAGGUCUUGGCAUGACAAUCAUUGCUUCUACCCAUCGUAAACACGGAGAUCCUUUGAUUAUAACGGGAGUUAGGAAAGGAAGUGUAGCUUACAGGUGUGGCUCAGUUCAGCCCGGUGAUAAACUUUUAGCAGUGAAUGACAUCCGGAUGGACAACUGUUCUAUAGAGGAUGCCACCCACCUGCUCGAGUCGUCCGACGAGAUCAUCAAGUUGAAGCUUCGCAGGGAAGACCCGUACUCGGAGGAUGGCCAUGACGAGUCUAUCACCUACACUGUGGAACUUCAGCGGUUUGGUGGGCCACUAGGAAUAACCAUCACUGGCACAGAAGACCCGCUUGAUCCAAUUGUUAUAUCGGCUCUCAUUGAGGGAGGACUGGCAGAGAAAACUGGAGCAAUCCAUGUAGGUGACAAUCUGCUUGCUAUUAACGGCAAGAUGACGAGGGGCAAGCGACUUUCAGAGGCCAUUCGGAUGUUACAAACAGCUGGAGACAUUGUCGUGCUCAAGAUUGCAAGACCAUUGACUCAAACAUCAAAGCAAAAGCUAGCUCAUUCAUAUGAUGAUGACACAAGUAAACGUUCCACACCAAUCCCGAGUGUUGACAGUGCACUUGAAUCAUGGGAUAGCUCUGGGCAGGAUAUUGGCAACAGUAACCCAAAUGGCCAUGCCCUUGUUGUUGCUAUUCCUCAAAGAAGACCAAAGAAACUGGAUUCCACAAGACGAGUGUCGGGUCAUUCUGCCCUGGACAUGGAGGGUAGUGGUGAAGGAAUGGCCGACAUGCAGCUGUCGGAAGACGACUGGGGCAACGACUCCCACAGCAGUGACAGCUACAGCAGCAACGGCGACGCCGACGAGUGGAUGCAGACUCUGAAAGACUUCGAGAAAGGAUCUGGUUCGGAAAUGCUUCGCCAAAUCGGCCUGACUCUACGUGAACGGAGCACCGCCAGUCUGGACCGACGAUCCCGGACCUCUGACGAUACGGACAGAGUGAGAAGACGGAAGUUUCACAGAAUGGACCGAGAUGAUGUGUCACAGGACUCCAUGGAUAGCUACCAACCGCGGAAUGGCAAGUCAUGCUCCAAAGACUCCCUGGCAAACUCCAAGACCAUACAGGAGCACAUGCAGACUAUUUUCACCCCAACGCCGAUCCAGCUGCAUCGCGUGGUGGUUACGAAACAUUCGGCUGUGGAAGAUUUUGGUUUCAGUUUGUCAGACGGGAUGUAUGAGAAGGGAGUGUUUAUCAGUGCUAUCAGACCGAACAGUCCCGCUCACAGAGCAGGUUUAAAGUCAUAUGAUAGGAUUUUACAGGUGAACAAGGUGAGGACGCGAGACUUCGACUGCUGUCUGACGAUUCCGCUCAUCGCUGAGGCAGGAAAUAAACUGAGACUGGUCAUCUGUAGGAACCCACUGCUGCGAGCCAGUCGGGCAACUCGCGAGUCUUGUCUCAUGGACACGGAACACAGUCAGAUAGACCCAUCACAGAUAACACAGGCUAGUGACCAAUCCGUAAAAACUGUUUGAAAUGGACAAUUGUCAAAUAGACCCAUCAGAAAUAACACAAACCUGUGGUCAGUCUGAGAAAACUGCUUAACAUGGAUAAUAGUCUUCAAAAUGGAUUGCUCAGAAAUAACACAAACCUGUGACCUGUCAGUGAAAACGGUUUGAAAUGGACAAUAGUCUUAAAAAUGGUUCCAUCAGAAAUAAAACAAACCAGUGACCUGUCAGUGAAAACGGUUUGAAAUGGACAAUAGUCUUAAAAAUGGUUCCAUCAGAAAUAACAGGCUAGUGACCACUCUGUAAAAACUGUUUGCAAUGGACCACAGUCAAUAGAAGACCCAUCAGAAAUACACAAACCUGUUUGAAACGGACAUUGGUCUCGAAAAUGGAUUGCUCAGAAAUAACACAAACCUGUGACCUGUUUGUGAAAACUGUUUGAAAAGGUCAGUAGUCAAAUGGAUUUAUCAGAAAUAACAUAGACUAGUGACUUGUCUGUGAAAACUGUGAAACAUGGGCUAGCAAGUAAUUACAUAGUCAUUCAUGACAUUGGUGAAUACUUUCAAAGACAUGGACAGUCGUCAUAUAAUGUUUUUCGCUAGUGAAAACUAAACAUUAUUUCUACAUGUUUAAUUGUUAGGAAUUGUUUUAAGGAAUUACAGGUAUGUAAAACAUUGUCAUUCACAAUCAGUUCACAAAAUAAAUAAGACAUUAUGUAGUUACAA